AUGGAAAAUGAGUUGAAUAGAAAACAAAUUAUUGAAAAUAUCGAAAAUAUAAAAGGUGAUAAUGAUCCUGAUAGAGACUAUGAACCAUCGGAAGAUUCAGCUACUAAUACUGAUUAUGAAAGCAACGAACUUAUAAAUGAAAAUGAAGUGAAUACAUCCAAUUGGUUAAAUAUAUCGACUAAUCUUAAUUUAUCAUCAACUGCAAAUGCAGCGGGUAAAUCAGGAUGUGAUAAUGCACAUCUUACGGUUAAAAACUCUUCUAGUGGAAUAAAGAAACAUUAUUGUCUGUAUUGUAAAUUACCACAAUCAAAAAUUGCAAGACAUUUAGAAAAUGUACAUUCAACUGAAGAAGAUGUUAUGAAAUUCGUCACAUUACCAAAAGGAUGCCUUGAAUCGGUUUAUAAAGUAGCUCGAUAUGAUGAAGAAACUCAGAUGUUUGGUGCCGUUUAUACAGCAUUUCAAUUAGGUACAUUAUUAAAAGAAGUUGGCGAAUUAUGGCGGUCACAAUGUAUUAAAAAUCAUGAUCCUAAUAAAAAGUACCGAGCUCAAGCUAAAAUACACCCAAACAACCCGUAUCUCUUUGGUAUAGUAGGUUUCCAUAAGCAAAGACAUAAAUACUUAAGAGCGUGUGAUCUCAUGCGAAAAUUUGCUAAUGAGUGUAAUGCUGAUAAUCCUGAAAGACUGCGAGGUACAAGUGAUGAUUCUGAAAAUGAUAGUGAUAAUAGUAAUGAUGAAGAUGGUAAUGUUUUUGAUGAUAAAAAUAAUAGUAACGAUAAUAAUAAUAAUAGUAGUAUUAACUUGAAUAGUACUAUUACCGAUGAUUUCAUUAAUGAUGGUAAUAGCAUGCAAGAUAAUAGUUCAAAAAGAAAAAGAAUAACAAAUCCAAACACAAAUACUAAAAGCAAAAUGCAAUCAAGGUGUAAACGUAUACGUUGGAAUAAUGAGGAAAAACAGAUAGUACUAAAAAUAUUUGACACGUAUUUAAAUACUUAUAAAUGCCCUACAAAUAAAGAAAUUGCAGCUCUAAUAAACGCUAAUUCCUGUUUACAAACGCGAACUGUGAACCAAGUAAAAGCUUGGUUUAACAAUCAACAGAGGAGUAUACGUAAUAACUCUCAAGCAUAA